AUGUCGUGCGGCGACUGCUCCUCAGACAAACCUAAACCCUCGGGCAAAUCUAACCCAGACCACGAUGGCUCCCUUUUACAAAGACUCCUUCAAUUAGUCUUCAAGUAUCUACCAGAAGGAUCCGCAUUGCUUUCGUCCUCGUGUUGCUGGCUUCCAACUGUCCUAGAUUUUCUCUUUGCGGGUUCGGUGGCCACUGCUGGUAUCGAGAAACUGAGAAAUACUUUCCUGGCGAUUUCUAUUCUGACCCUUAUCUGGGGUGUGUGGCGCGAGGGAUUCAGUCGUCGAAUGGUCUGGCGCAUUGCGAUCUGUGUCGGGUUGUCGACUUGGGAGCAAGUGAAUCAGUGGAGAAUGGUCGAUGGCAAGGGGCACCAUAGCUGCCAUUAA